AUGGCAGACCCAGAGUCGGUCAUCGAGUGGAAGCCAGCCAAGCUGCUGCAGAGUCGCGAAAUCGCGCCCGAAUUUGCACUGCUCGUUCUCAAUCAGCCGUUGCGCAACAGCAACAACCUCAGAAAGCUAUGGAGAAACUCUUCGUUGAGAGUAGCUGCCGAUGGCGGCGCAAAUCGUCUGCAUGAGCUGUCCUCAUUCCAGGGCAAGUUUUCGAAUCUCCAGGUCAUCAUCGGCGACCUCGACUCCCUACACAAGGAUGUGCGUGACUUUUACUCCUCGCAGCCCACCCCCGCACAGGUCAUCCACGAGACCGACCAGGACUCGACAGACUUUGCCAAGGCCAUUACGUGGAUUCGCAAGGAGCGCCCUGCCGGUAUGGACAUUGUCGCCCUGGGCGGCAUCGGCGGACGAGUCGACCAAGGGCUGAGCCAGCUCCACCACCUGUACCUCUUCCAGCAAGACCCCUCCUAUGCCCAGGGCCGUAUUUACCUCCUUUCCGGCUCGAGCAUGACCUUUCUCUUGAAGACGGGCGCGCACCGGAUCCGUGUCCGCGGUGACGAGGAGGGCGCCCCGAGCGUCUUUGGCAAGUACGUCGGCAUCAUCCCCUUCAAGGGCCCCAGUCGUAUCACUACGAGCGGCCUCGUCUGGGACGUCUCGGACUGGCAGACGGAGAUUGGCGGGAAAAUGAGCACGAGCAACCAUGUGCAACCGGACGUGGAGUAUGUCGAGGUGCAGACGACGGAGGACGUGCUCUUCACCAUUGCGCUGGGAAAGGUCGACAGCGAGGACGAGUCGUGA